ACUUAGCGGAAGUCAGGGUGCCAUUUAGUAAAAGUGCCACUACCUUGAGGAUUGUGCGAUUAAAUUAUGGUAUGGGCAACGCAUACUAGCAAUACUUUCAACUAAGAAGCGUAUUUGUUGGAUACUACUAAUACAAUUAUGUAGGAAAGAGAUCUUCUUCAUAACCGAUUACUUAAAGAAUCUCAAAAGUUCAUCUCAAAAAUGGAUCAUAAGGAACUAGUAGAUGAACUAAGCGAACUAGAAAAACUGCCGACAGAAGAUCGAUUAAAGCAAGCCAAGAAACGGCGGGCGCAACAGUUGAAAAGAUUUAGUAUUUAUGACAAGGCAAAAGACAAGGAAGAAAACAGGAAGAGGAAGAAGAAUCUGGUUAAUAAUAACUAUGUUGCUAGUAAAAAGACGGUCGAUUUUGACCCGGAAAUCGUUCUUCUAGAAGUCGCCGCCAGGGAUGACGUCGAAGAAGUUCGUAGACUGCUUGAAAUGGGUGUCAACCCUGACACGUCGAACGAAGAUGGUUUAACAGCACUGCAUCAGUGUUGCAUAGAUGAUUCGGGCAAAAUGAUGGACCUGCUUUUAUCCUACAAUGCAAACGUUAAUGCUAAAGACUCUGAAUUAUGGACGCCCUUACAUGCUGCAGCGACUUGCGCCCAUGGUCAUCUUUGUAAGAAAUUGAUUGAUAAUGGGGCGGAUAUGCUUGCUGUUAAUGUUGACGGUAAUAUGCCCUAUGAUAUUUGCGAAGAAGAAAGUACAUUGGACUUGAUAGAAAGCGAGAUGGCCGCUAAAGGAAUAACUCAAAAAAUGAUUGAUGAAACUCGCUGCUCUACUGAACAACAUUUGCUCAACGAACUUAAGCUUUCCAAAGAAAAUACUGCAUGUUGGAGAGACAAACAGGGCGCUAGUGUACUCCACGUUGCCGCAGCUAACGGUUACGAAAAGGUUGCAAAAUGGAUAUUGGACAAUCGGUUAGUUGCUACGGAUGUUAAAGAUAAUGAUCAAUGGCAACCGAUCCAUGCUGCAGCUUAUUGGUGUCAGAGGAAUAUCAUCGAUGUUUUGGCUGAACAUAAAGCAGAUCUUGAGGCCAAAACAGCUUCAGGUGAGACAAUCAUUGAGUUAUGUUCGGAUGGGCAAUUACGGCAACAUAUUGAACAAUUGAGAGAUUCCGCAAGAAUAGUACCUGAAACUAACAAUGGACCUAGCGUUGAAUUAAGAACAAGAUCCUCUUGGAAACCAACACGGACAUCGUCCGUUCGUCGUCAAACUAUGAAAGAGAAAGAGAAUCUCUCUCGAAAAGAUAUGAUCGAGGAAGGUCUCUUUCGUGGUUCACUCUGUUCAGAAGAUGGUCUUGAAUUUGGGAAAAGUGAUCAAAUAUUGGACGAAGAAGAAAAUGGUGGCUCAUUAAUCGAUGAACAACCGUUUAUCGAUUCCCCGGUAUCGACUGAGACAAUCAAGGAAACGUCCCCUCAGAAAAACACAGAAGUUUCCUCUUCUUCAGACACAGUUAUACAUUCGCCGGGUAAUUCAAUAACCGAAUCGUCUCCAGCUAAAGUGGACGAUAUUAAACCAAUUAUUGACCGAUCUGGAACAGGCUUGAUAAACAUUAAAAAAAUUCGUCAACAAGAAAGACUAUAUAAAAAUAAAGCUACACUAUCUAAUACUUCUUCUCCAAACCGCGAUUCGGAUGCUAAUACUCGUGCUGUUUCUUAUACUUCAUCGAACGGAGGAUCUACUGACAUUCCCAAGAAGCAAAAAUUCACUUCCGCGGAAGUAAUAGGGGGAACCGACAGCGAUACGCAGAAUUGCUGUUGCAUCAUGUGA